AUUGGCUCUGGGAUCGAAGUGAGCGCACCAUUCCGGACGAAAGAGUGCAUGGUUUUCAAAGAUGUUUAAGUACAUUCUGUUGGCCUGUUUGGUAGGGCUUGUGGUGGCAUACGAUUUUAAGGACCCGUUCUUCAAUGAGAUCGUGUUGUGGAAUUUGAUGGACGAUGCGGAAGCUCCUUCGUUGUCUGAUCGUUUUCGCCGGUCAGCAGCUGACAUACUUGAUAAACGGUGUCAACGUCGCUUUAUUUGCUGUAACGACCUCAGUACCGCUAGUUUGGACACUAUGCUCGAUAUGAAGAAGGAAUGCAUCAUGGAAGUACUCCAAAAGAACAGCUCUGCCAAUGAACCCACUCCUGAGUCUGCUCCUGAAGUGGGAACUGUGAAUGUUUUCACUUUUGAGGGCUUAGAGCAGACGAAGAGGGAUGUCAUUUGCACAUUUGAGUGUACUGGACGCAAGAACAAUAUGAUCGACGAAAACGGCGCUAUAUAUGAAGAGAAGCUGCUGGAUUUUACCAAAUUAAUAUUCACACCAACCGAUCCGCAGCAACAGUUCUUAGAAGAACAUAUGAAAAUAUGCGUCAAGGAGGCUAAGGAAAGGCUGGCACUCAGCCCGCCGGAGCCCGGCCAGUGUAAUCCGACUGCUUCCCAUUUCGGGUACUGCAUGUGGCGCCAGUUGACAGUGUAUUGCCCGAUGGAGAAACGCGUGGAAAGCCCUCGCUGUGAUCGCAUCCGCGAGAAGCUCGCCAAUAAUGAACCGCUGCAUUACUAUAAAUUUGCAGUUGAUGAUUUCUAA